GUGAUUCUUUUUUUCUGACUGUGGUGAUCGGACCUCUCUGUGGCCCAGAGACUUCCACCCCGUGGUUUUAAAUUCUCAUGAGGCACUUGCCCACUUGGUACCUCUGCACCUUCUCGUUGAUGGUGGGAUAAUUAUCACCAUGCUUACUUCUUGUUUAUAAGAAAAAGAAUUUACGAAUGCCGCGGGUUUUCUGAAGAAAGCAGAUCUCGUCUCAGUAUGGCUUCACCAAACAUUUAUACUGACCUGAACUUCAAAACUCAACCUGUUUUCUCAGGCACUAUCUCGGACUCAUUUUCAGCCCGCCCAAAGAAGACCACCAUUCACAAAAGUAAUCCUGGCUUUCCCACGCUGCCUUUUACCUCGUUGAUGUUUUUCCUGCUGUUGGCAGUCUUAUCCUCUGUUUCUCUGAACAUUUUGUUUCAAAUGUAUUCUGAUCUCCUUGAAGAAAAAGAUAGUAUAAAACAACUGAAUCACACAGAAUUGGAUUGUAUAAAAGACCACCCGUCCGAGGAAGACAAAGUCUGGAGCUGUUGCCCAAAGGACUGGGAGCCACUCAGUUCCCACUGCUACUUCAUUCCCACUGACUCGGCAUCUUGGAGUGAGAGUGAGGAGAAGUGCUCCAGCAUGGGUGCUCAUCUGAUGGUGGUCCACAGCCGGGAAGAACAGGAUUUCAUCACUAAGAUUCUGAGACGUGAUGCUGCUUAUUUUAUCGGGCUUUCAGAUCCAGGUCAUCGACAGUGGCAAUGGGUUGAUCAGACACCGUACAAUGAAAGCACCACGUUCUGGCACCCAGGUGACCCCAACAAUGACCGCGAACAAUGUGUUAUCUUAAGUCAUCCACGUUCUAGCUGGGGCUGGAAUGACAUCCCUUGCAGUGAUAAGCAGAGGUCAGUUUGUCAGAUGAAGAAAAUAUACUUAUGAAAAAGCAGUCUUCAGGGAUAUGGGGUUGCAUAUUCAUUGACUGUUACAGAGACACAUGGGAAGUCCUUCUUGUGGAAGAGAUGUCCACAAAAUUUUAGGUAGGCAGCCAAUAGUUAUACCUAUGAUCCACAUAUAUUCUCAUUUAUUCAUUCAUUACUCUUUUAUACAAUGAGAAUUUCCCAUAUACCAGAGACUAUACAGGACCCCCUGGGUGCAUAUGUGGAAUUGCAUCAGCUUCUCUGUCUAUUCUUAGAUUCCAAGAGUCUUAUUUGAUGAUGGAAUUGUAUGGUGUGGUCCCUCUACCCGUCUCUCUCUCUCU